UGGUAGGAGGAAGAGGAGGAAAUGAAAGAAAAAGUCCUGUGCAUACAGAUACAGGCCUACCUUUCUGCUCUGGCAAGAGGAAGAAAAUUGGAGAGAGUGAGCGAUCAAUAGAUGAAAAUUGAUACUUGGCGUGCAGUUUGAAUAUCUAUGGACUCGGAGGGUUCUUAUAUCAGUCGAUAAGCCUGCUAUAGCACUCUGUUCAGAAGUCUUUCACAACUAAAAGCACUCACACUCACAGCACAGCGGGGAAAUACAGCGCGUUGUGCAAUAAAAUAAGCAGAUACGCCACACUGUAUAGCGCGAGAAGGAGCGCAAAUUCAGCCAGACGGAGGAUCCGUUGUUGUAACUGUAACAAACUGACGAGUUAACCCGUUUCACUCCAUUCACAGGGCUGUGGGGCAACACACUGCCUCGCUGCCUACUUGCCAAAGGCGAUCUGGCACUCUAUAUAACCUUAUGAAUAUUCCCAAAAAUCCUCCACCCCCCUCCUCCACCUACUGUCGCCAUUUUAUACAUUGGCGACUUCAUAUAAACUGCCUUGACUACAGCACCAGAUGAAAAUUCAAUAUUCAAUAGCGAGACAUAAUUUCAGUAAACAACUUUGGAGAUCGCACCUCGCCAAUAAUGAGAGCUAUUCGCGUUUUGGAAGAGUAGAUGUGUCCUUACCUCAACAGUCGGUGGGAAAAAUGGAAUCCGACAUUAAUAUAUAAAUGAAUAAUAUUGGAUUAGCUCCGAUCGUUGCGCUUUGAGAAGAAGAGGAGGCGAGCAGGGGGUGGGAGCUCUCCUCAAGUGAACCCGGUGAACUGGCGUGAACCCGUCAGUGACCACAGCAAGGUCAAGCCGUUACCUGCCACCAGCGGGGCACUGGAGCCUGUUUAAGGUAAAGUGGGAAUAAUAGCCACAACAAUGGCUCUGUCACAGUGCCUGGAAGACUCACCUCUGAGAUUGGGUCCAAAACAAACCGGGGCCGGAGACCUGGACCUGCAGGAGGUCUACAACGAGAGACACCGGUUGGCUCUGGAGGAGCUGCUGUCCGGAGGGCCCGACAACUUUCUGGACUUCCUCCGAAAAGAGAGGAUCCCCAACUUUCUGUCUGACGAUGAGAUCCAGGGGAUCAGGGGCACCGCCGUGCCCCCGCGGUGCGUGUCAGUUCACGGGGAGGACCAGGUGCUGGAGCAGUCGCUCAGCAGCUCCCUGGACUGCUCCUCCGUCACCUAUUUCCCCGAGGUGUCGGACGUGGAGCCGCCGCUGCUGGAGAUGGGCUGGCCCGCCUUCACCGCGGGGUCGUACCGGGGAGUCACACGGGCCGUGGCGCACUUCCAGCCCAGCUAUGGGGAGUGCAUCUACAGCUGCAAGGAGGCUGCCAGGCGUAUGAUUAAAAGUGCCAGAGAGGUGAUUGCCAUAGUCACAGACUCCCUGACAGACCUGGAUAUCUUUAAGGAUCUUCAGGAGGCAUGUUCCAGACGCAGAGUCCCUGUGUACAUCCUGCUGGACCAAUCAUGCGCUCCCGCUUUUCUCAAGAUGUGCAGAAAUGUCAACGUUUGCCUGGAUGACCUUCGGCAAAUGAAAGUGCGAACCAUAACCGGUACGACUUAUUACAUGAGAUCCGGAGCAAGGAUCACUGGGAGAGUUCAUGAGAGAUUUAUGCUGAUUGAUGGAAACAGAGUAGCUACAGGUUCCUACAGGUUCAACUGGACCGAUGGCAAACUGAACAGCAGCAACCUCAUCGAGCUUUCCGGCCAGAUAACAGAGAAGUUCGACGAGGAGUUCCGCAUCCUCUACGCCCAGUCUCUGCCUAUAAACACUCGAGGACCUCCGAGUGUCCGAAACAGCGGCAUCUAUGAGCACCUCCUCAUCAAACACUCAGUCACCUCCUCCCCUCACUUGGCCAGAGAGAGGUCUGUGGAGCCAGCAUGUCUGACCAGCACGCCCAGCCGCAAGCGUGAACCUUCAGCUCCAGAUCAUUGUAAAAGCAGCCCAGUGUCUGACUCCUCCACCAUAGGUGAGGACUGGGCGGAGCAGCAGCACAUGCAGGAGGAGAUCUUGGCUGGUAGCACGACUCAGCGUUUCCCUGCAGAGCAGCUGCCAGAGAAAGAACAAGUGACCCCCAGCACUGACUCCUGCCACGCCACCACUCAGACCGACAGCUCAGUGAGGGACAGUGACACCCAGACUGACCUGCAGCUCGCACAACACCCCAGCCUCAUCACACAGACAGCCACAGGACCAAACCAGGCCACCUCUCCCCUCUUUACGUCGUCCAGGCAGAUCUUGCCCACCCAGGCAGCUCCAGAUGGCACCUUAAAGGACUGUUUCCACAAGCUGACCAAAGAACGCCAGCACCACUACUCCGCCAUCCGCUCCAAGCUGGAACACAUGGUGACCACCCUGUCCCAGAGGCGGGAGCUAGCAGACGUCACCAACAUGACUCAGGGGCUUGGCGCUCACGGCGGGCAGAGGGCACACAGAGACAGGGAGCAGGACCCAAACCCCAGACUGCUUGUUGAAAGUGCGGGCAUGGGCACAUGGCCAAGAGCCAGAUGUGUACACUAGUUUGUCUUUGGAGAUUUCAGUGAUGGAGGGUGGUGGGCAAAGAGCUGUUGAGAGGUUUCUAGUGGAUCUUCUGUUUCAGAUAAAUGCUUUUGGCUUUUGCAGUAGAAUUUUUUCCUUUCUCUUUCGGUCUUCUUUUCUGCAGUGCCCACUUCUGUCCUCUUCAUGCUGGGCCCUGUCCAUGUGGAAGCAAAUUCUGGUGAAAUGGUUAUACCUGAUUGUAAUUGACACUAACGUUUUUCAAAUAAGAAUCCUGACCAAAGACAUGCUUUAGUGCUGAGGAGGUUAAGACUGGAUGAUAUCUGCUGUAGUAUGAGUGAAAAUGCACUGAAGUGCUGUUUUGCUUAUUUAAAUCACAUUUGGCUGCUGUAACUGCAUCUGAUCAUCAUUCCAGAGAGCAACUGGCUCACACUGUGCCUUGCUAAUAAAUAAAGUAGUAUUUUGCUAGA